UCCUUCAGGCAGGUGCGAGGAGAUAAACAACAACAUAUACACUAACGCUGUCACCUGGUCAAAACCUCAAAUUUAACAUUCAUUAUUCAGACUUAGAAUGGCAAGCCCAAUGGCAUUACUUUAACUAUGAUGGGUGUGAGAGGCAGCAGCUUGUCAUGGUGCGAUGUGAAGGAUUCUCCGGCUACCAGCAAACCAACCACUUACUGUUACCGCAUCUCUCCACCAAGCUAUAAUCACAACUGGACCGAUCUACACUACGCCGCCAGUCAUGGGAAUGUUCGGCGUAUUCAUGAAAUACUACACAAAACAGGUACAGUAAACCUGAAUCGCAAAGACUACUAUGGAAAGACGCCUCUGUACUGGGCAGCCUACAAGGGGCACAAGAAUUGUAUAGAGGAACUACUCAAGUUUGGUGCCCACGUGAACACACAGUGUCGUCAUGGUGGCACUCCUCUGCAUGCUGUUGUGAGUCUGUACCCAGACAGUGCCUUACUGCUUAUAAAGCAUGGAGCAGAUGUGAACUGUGCAGACAAUUGGGGCGUGACUCCGAUGUAUCUCGCUGCAUCUCACGGCCAGCUGGAGGUAUUACACUACCUAGUGGUGGCCGGAGCACAGCUUACAUUCAAAAACAAGUCCGGAGAUAUCCCAAAGCAGUUGAGUUGCCACAAGGACUUCUGUGCCUAUCUGUGCCGCCUCUCCCAGACUCCGCGAAGUUUGCAACAUCUUUGCCGUGCCACAAUUCGAGAUGAGCUAGGUGACCAUCCACAGACCAAAGUGGAUAGUUUCAUGAUUCCUCGACAGCUCAAAGACUAUUUACUACUAACAGAACUAAGCUGACAUGAUUGAACUGAUGAGGGUCUGUCUCAAAAAGCUGUCUGCUGUACCAAAAAAGAAGAAACUAUAUGAAGAUUUUAAACUUGUGUGGGUAGAUAGGGUACCGGAUAUAGAACAGUAUUUCAUCAUAUCAAGCCAUGACAGGUUUGCAUGCUUCUAAAUAUCAUACACUAGCAGCAAGUCGGUCUCAAUUUGAAUUAGCUGUUACGACUUUUGAGACGCCCCACAUGUGUAUUGUGAUUAAUGUUUACAAUUAUCAAUUGUGAUUUUUCAUAUCACCUGCUAUUACAAUGGAGGAAAAUGAACUUGUUUCUUUCAUGUAUUUUGUGAUGCAGAUUCGUGACACUCUGAGUCAUCAUGUCAUCACUUGCCACUUGUGUGUUGUGUCAUUAUGUGAUCAGAGUGAGGGACUGGGCAUUUAUUAAGGAUUUUUUAGGGUGAGUGGCCCAGUGCCAUUGGUCUUAGGACUUUAUCAUAUUAUUACCCCCACCCCCGUAUAGUUAAUGUGGCGGUGGGGUAGCCUAGUGGUUAAAGUGUUUGCUCAUCAUGCCGAAGACCCUGGUUCGAUUACCCACAUGGGUACAAUGAGUGAAGCUGAUUUCU